CGCUGAGAAUUACCAAGUUUGGACAUGAUUGACUCGCGCAGCAGCAGCAGCAGCCAGGCUGUUCUCGAUCCGCGGAUUACGAUUGGCAAGCUGCAGUCAAGCACCGCGCGCAGUGCCGUGGCGACCGUGCCUGGCGACUUUGGCGCAGAGGGCGGCGCGGAAGUGUCCAACAAGGCGACCUUGCUGAGCGACGUGGAUGGCGCGCUUGGACGCAGCAAGCCGCCCGCGCUCGAGUACAUUCUGGUCAUGCCAUUCUCGGCAGUGCGGCUCGGAUUCGGCUACGGACUGAGCUACAAUUCGUUUGGACACGCGGCAGUCCGGUACACGCUGCCCGAUGGGAAGCAGGUGGUCAUGAACAUUAACGGUAAAGGCGGCAUUGGCGUCCCAAUGGUUCAGUUCUGCACGCCAGAAGAGUACUUUCUGAGCACCCAUUAUUCUCCUGCCAGCGAACAGCGAGGCUUGUACAAUCGGACCAUGAUCAGCGUCCGCGUCGAACACGUUCCAGAGGAGCGCAUCUUGGCCAUGCACAAGUACUUUCAGCGGUUGGAAGAGGAAUCGCGAGCACAGCGUGCAAAGUUUGAAAUUGUUCUUUCGCCAAUCCUCAACUUUGUGCGAUGGGUGCUUCCGUUCGAUCUGGCUGAACGAGGCAACUGUGCCUUCUGGACGAGCAAAGGGUUGAAGGAGGCCGGCGUUGUUCAACACGUCUCCAUGUGGCCCAAAUCGAUCUGGAUUGACAUGUUUGAAAACAGCACACGAAGCGCGGGCAUUGGAGGGCGCGACAACAUGAACGUGGUGGCGUAUCGACGAAUCAAGCACGCGCAAUUAAGCUACGGCGUUGAUGCCGAUCCAAUCGAAGCUGUUGCGCCGCUCCAGAGCGCGAGAGCCUUUUUGUAUUGGAAUCUAGAGCGAUUUGCGAAUGUGGUAGUUGAGGUGCCACAGGGUUCGACGCGCGCGACUGUUGCCGUUCGAGAAAAUCCGGUGCAGCCCAGUCCGUGGCGGAAUCUCGUCAACAACAAGCUCAUCAUUUUCUCUUCUGUAGCACUCACUGGGGUUGUCAUUUUCCGGCUCAACCGGCAAUUCACAAGUCGUGUCGGUGCUGCUUUGUGGAAGUUUCCUCGAUCCAAUCCUGGCCGUCAGAGACAGCAGAGCCACUGAUACGUGUUUGUGUUUAUUUUAAAAAAAACUUUGUUUGAUUGCUAUUGAAUUGAACUGGACAUCAAAC